GCCCAGGACGUUACUCCACAAAUCACACUCGGGCCCCGAUGGAGUCGCUGCAAUCAGCUGUGCAUCGUAUCUUGUUGUGAUAAACAAGUAAUGAACGGCAGAAACACAGUUAAAACAAUGGAGGGAAUGCUGCAUAAAUGGACCAACUAUAUUAGCGGUUGGCAACCUCGUUGGUUUGUGCUUGACGGAGGAACUUUGUCUUACUAUGACUCUCAAGAAGAUGCGUGGAAAGGUUGCAAGGGCAGCAUUAAAAUUUCCGUUUGUGAAAUCCAAGUUCAUUCCUCUGACUCUACACGAGUUGACCUGACCAUACCAGGAGAGCAGUACUUUUACCUCAAAGCCAUCAACGCAGCAGAGAGGCAGAAAUGGCUGGUGGCACUGGGAACAGCCAAAGCUUGCCUUACAGACAACCGAACAAAAAGAGAAAAAGAGCUCCAGGAGAACACGGAGGCAUUGAAAACUAAGAUGUCGGAGCUCCGGUUGUACUGUGACCUUCUUCUCCAACAAGUAAACAAGAUCAAGGAGAAUGAUGAGCUAGGAGACACGGCGGAGACAGGAAUAGACACUGGAAACAUGGUGAAGUCUACGUGCACCACUUUCCUCAAGACUCUAGAGGAAUGCAUGCAGAUAGCAAACCACACGUUUAGUUCAGAUGUGGCGACGCAGAGUCCACCAGGAUCUCCUCCAGUAGCCACCAUCAAACCUCAGAAGAUUAAACCUGUCAAUCAUUUAAAACAGAACUUUGGAGAAAAAUGGAGAGAUUUGGCUGAAACCUCAGGAGAAGUAAUUGCACAGGACAACCAGAGCCUUGACUCUGGAGCCGAAGGACCAGAUGAGCCCGAUAGACCAGAACACCAUCAUUCCCCAUCAGAUGUCGAUGGCGCCGACAGCAACAGGUCAGUCCACGAGGAGGGAGUCGAUCCUACUUCACACACUACCCAGAAUACCUCUGGGACUGAACACUACGAACAACCAGCAGAGAGGGGUGAGGAAAACGAAGCGGACGAUCAAAAGGAGACAAAACAAGAGCAGCCGCACAAAGUGGACCAAAGUCGGGAAGAGCGCGACAACAACAACAAGGAAGCGGACGUCGUUCAGCCUCAGCACCAACAGGAAGCUGUUCCAGACCAAGAGGAGGCUCAACGUGAAGGUGAAACCUCCAGAGAUUCACCAGAUUCAGAAGACACCGAGCAGGUGGAAACUUUCUUCAGCACAAUGAGUCACAGAUUUAGUGAUAUAAGACUGGACGACGGCAAUGGUAUCCCUACACAAGAGUUUUUGGACUCAUGCUAUGCACUAGUACCUGUAUUAGACAAGCUGGGCUCCACAGUGUUUGCACCAGUUAAAAUGGAUUUUGUUGGAAAUAUCAAGAAAAUUCAUCAGAAGCUGAUGUCGGAGCCCGACAGCUUCCCCACGCUACAGUCCAUCGUGCUGUAUGAAGUGCAGACCGAUGUUGCUCGGGUGCGUAACUCUGCCACCGAGGCUCUGCUGUGGCUCGGACGAGGCCUGAAGUUCCUCAAGGAGUUCCUGUCAGAGGUCAAUGCGGGAGAACAAGACAUCCAGGGUGCACUAAACAAUGCCUAUGGAAAGAGCCUCCGACAGUACCACGGAUGGGUCGUGCGAGGCGUUUUCGCUUUGGCGCUGAGAGCUGCACCGUCUUAUCGAAGUUUCGCCGCUGCCUUAGUGUCGAGAGAGGGCGACGAGCUGAAGGGCGGCUUCACCCGCGGCAUGCACAGGGACCUGGGAGUGUACCUGCCCGCCAUGGAGAAGCAUCUGGCCAUCCUAGAUGCCCUGUAUGAAGAAUACAACCUGGAGUCCGAUGAAGUGGUGUGAAACUCGGAACAGAGAGAGGAGCCGCAUUCAAAGGAAGGACAGAAUCCGACUGCUGAAGGAUGGUGCCGGAUGCAUCUUUGUGUACAAAAUAGUGUGAGCAUGUCCCGUGUCAGUGUUAGGUGUUAGCAGUGGAGGCUCUAGGUUUGAAGAAGGUAUUAAUGUCUGUAUUUAGGAGCAAGCAAUGACAAUGGAGACAUUUAUGGUUUGUUGAAGAGACUCCAACCAUAAUGAUUCAUGCUGACAUUUGUUUCUGGUGCACAUUGUGUGGCUGUAUUGUGGCUUGUUAUGUACAGGUACAUAACCACAAGUACUCUAGUAACUGUCCCUGGAAGAUCAUGUGUGAUUUCCCUGAUGAGAAUGCAAAGACAUUUUCUAAUCAACAUUGUCUUGGAUUCAUGAAACCGGGUGAUACUUGCGACUAACAUUAAGCACUUGUUUGACAAAAACAACUUCAGAUUGUGCCAAUGCCCAAUAUAUAUAUGCCUUAAGUAUGUGAUAGUAUAGCAAAUUUGGCUAACUUUUAAUGUAUUAUGUAGAAAGUUAGUUUUUGCACUGACCAUUGAAAGCUAUGGUAUUAUGAUCACUUUUUUUUUGUUUUUCUUUCCUGAAAUGUCAAAACAAACCCUGCAGGUUGACAGUGUAUUGUUUUACAUCACUAAAAUGUUACGAGCUAUCGCUCUGGAGACUUUCCGUGGGACCAAAAGAAGCUGUCAUGUGACUGGCUUUAGCCUUUGAGUACCGCAACACACAAGACUAAAGUGAUACAGUGUCGCUGUUUGAAGUACUGACAACUGCUGAAUACUUUUGUGGACAUCCUCUGCACAAACCUAUGCAUAGAAUGCAUUUUCACAAAGUCUAUUUAUUGCGUCCUAAGUUAUAAAGUUCACAUUGAUGUCAUUGCGGUCCAGCUCUGGUGGGAAUGUAAGGGCAUUUGUAUCCAUAGAGCAUGUUUAUUGCUUGCAUGGUUUUAUGUAUUAAGUAACAUUGGUGCCAAUGGAGACUGAAUAUAGGCCAAGGACUUGAAGUAACCGAGUUAUUGAAGAAUCCUAAAGUGGAUCGAUGAAAAGUUCAAAUACAUUGCUUCUCCUUCAUCUCGGUACUGAUAAUGAACAGUAACGUUCAGCUGGUCUACUUCAUCUCGUCCAUGCACUGUUCUGCAUAUAACGAGUGUUGUUACCAGCCCUGCUUCAUAGUUUAUUUUAAUAAUUAAAUGAGUGGUAAGACUUCAACCUCCCAGCCAGGUUAAAGUUUGUCCAUGUCAAUGAACCAUUCAAACAAAGCAGGACCAUCCUCAUAGGGCUUCUUUUUACUAAGACAUCUUUUGUUUUCAGGAAUGCAUACAGUAAUUCUUGAAGUAAGUCAUUUGCAGUGUAGGUUUACACCACAGAUGGGCUGAUUUCAUGUUGCAAAUAAACCUCAAUGUUUUUCCAUGGUGAUAUUGCGAACGUUUGAUUUGGUUUUCUAUGACUGUAUAUAAGAUGCUAUUUGAUUUCUACAUAAUAAAUAAUGAAGUUGU